AUGGCUGAUAAGUUGAUCAACGAGAAAAAGCCUAAAUUAACACGAUCUCAUGCUCGCCAUCUCCGUCGCAAACGUUUGCUAAUAGCGCGGAAAGAAGCUCUGAAAAAAAACAUAACUAUAGAGCUCGUCGAUAAAAAUAAUUCAGCAUUAAAAUCACCACAGCCAGAAAUAGAAUCUCUGGAGGGUGAAACUUUAAUUUCUAACAAUUUAACAAAAUCAAAAGCGCGCCGUUUGCGCAGAAAAAGUAAAAAAGAUAACAGCGACGAGUUGGAAAAUAAAAAAAAUUUAGAGCUAAUACAAAUAGAUAGUCAAAAAAAUUACAAUAAUAUUUUGAUAAUAAACGCUAAUAGUGAUAACAAAAGUAUUAAUGUUGAUGAUUCAUUGUCUGAUAAAAAUGAGCAAGUCAAUGAUGUUUUCCUGGUGAGUAUGAACGUUCAUGAGGACAAAAAUAAUAUUACGAAUGAAAUAGACAAUAUUGAUAAUAAAAUAACAGUUAAUAAAAUGAAUAACGAGACAAGUAAGACACGGGAGCAGAUAAAAGCCGAGAGAGAAGCUAAAAAAUUGGCUAAAGCUGCUUCCAAAGGUAAAAAAAGCAAAGGUGAUGGUAGCGAUGAUAAAAACAAAGCAAGUGUGAGUGAUGGGUCCUUAUCUAUCAGUGAUAAGCAAGAUGAAUUAACAACAGACACUACCGAUUUUAGUCAUUCUUUAAAAACGAUGCCGACUGAUAUUGAGUCGUUGAACGACCAAGUGAAGAAUAUGAUAAUUGACGAGCGUAAGAGUGAGUUAAAAGGAAGCAGAAAAGAAACUUUAGCUUCAGUUUCAGAUUCUGUUACAAAUGAUAGCAAUGUUGACAAUGAAAAAACUGUUAAGAGUAAAUCAGAGUUACGCGCUGAAAGACGCGCUAAACAAGAAGCGCAACGCGCAGCUAAAGAAUUGGAAAAGAGUCAGAAGGUAAAAUCCAAAGUCUCGGAUAAAGUUGAUACUCAGGGUAAAAAAGUAGAAGCUGGUGAAGCGAUUCCUGUUGCGAGAACCAAGGAAGAAGAGGUCGUGAAGAAAGUUGUGAAAAAGGUAACGGGCUCUGGGGUGAUUAAUCAUGAGAUGAGUUUGUUUAAGCACUUGUAUCAUGCAAGGGAGCAGUGUCAUGUUGAUGUGCCGGUGGUUAACUCUCACUUACAUCCAGCGAUUAUCAGACUUGGGGUCCAGUACAAAGACAAAGUUAUUGUAGGCAGCAACGCGAGGUGCGUUGCCUUUUUGUCGGCGCUUAAGCAACUAAUUUGCGACUACGAGAGACCGAGUCAGGCUGAUUUCACUCGGGGGUUGGAGAGCGCUUUUCAGGAGUCUAUGGCGUACUUACAUUACUGCAGACCGCUGGCUGUUUCGAUGCAGAAUGCUUUGAAGCAUAUCAAGUGGAAGAUGAAUCAGUUGUCGAGGAAUCUUUCUGAUGAUACGGCGAAAAGUAAAUUGGCCAGUGCAAUCGAUACUUAUAUUCAAGAACAAAUAAUGCUGGCAGAUGAAGCUAUUUCGAUGACGAUACGGACCAAAAUUUCUAACGGCGAUGUUAUUUUAACUUAUGGAUACUCAUCGUUGAUUCAAAAAAUUCUGUGUGAUGCCUAUGAUGCUGGUCUCCAAUUUCGGGUGAUAAUUGCUGAUGGAAGACCUUGGCUUGAAGGCAGAGAAUUGCUAAGAAGACUUGCUAAACAUGGAGUUGAAUGUUCUUACAUAUUAAUUAAUGCUCUUAGUUUUAUAAUGCCCGGCGUAAACAAAGUAUUCCUUGGAGCUCAUGCAAUAUUAGCCAACGGAGCCGUAAUGUCACGCGCAGGAACCGCACAAGUUGCUUUGAUGGCUAAAGCGUUUAAUGUUCCUGUUUUAGUGGCCUGCGAAACGCACAAAAGUUGUGAGCGCGUACAAACAGACUCGAUUGUUUACAAUGAAAUCGGUGAUGCAGACGAAUUGCAGUCAAAUAUUAUCGGCAGCAAUAAAAAGUCUGCGUUAGCUAACUGGCGAGCUAAAAAAACAUUGAAUUUGUUAAAUAUUAUGUACGACGUUACUCCUGCCGAUCUUGUUACUGCUGUUGUUACUGAGCUUGCUAUUUUGCCUUGUACCAGCGUUCCCGUUAUUUUAAGAAUAAAACCCUCGGAAAUUUAA